GGUUUCUCCUGAAACUUCCAGAGGGUCACCAUGCGAGUUUAUGUGGCUGUGAUCCUCGCGUACGGAGUGACAGCACUCAAUGUGACGGAGGAGAAGGCGACAUGUCCCCUCGGAUAUUUCCCCUGUGGCAACCUGACCGUCUGCCUCCCGCAGCUCCUGCACUGCAACGGCAUCGAUGACUGUGGGAAUCAGGCGGAUGAGGAGAACUGUGGAGACAAUAAUGGAUGGCCCCAUCUCUUCGACAAAUACUUUGGAAUGCCGAGCUACAACACGGGGACCAAGUCCAACAUUUGCCUGCUAGGCCUCGUUCCCGAGCUGUGCAAGUGCCGGGAGCUGGAGCUGGACUGUGACAGCGCGCAGCUCCGAGACGUCCCUGCGGUGGCGAUAAAUGUCACCAUGAUGUCUCUACAGAGGAACCGGCUUCACAAGCUGAAGGAGAACAUGUUCUUCAAGUACCAGAGCCUCCAGAAACUAUACCUCCAGCACAAUAGAAUUCAAGAUGUGAGUCCCGACGCCUUCAGAGGACUCUACAACCUGACAAGACUAUACCUGAGCUACAACAGGAUAACGGUCCUGAAGCCGGGCGUGUUCCAGGACCUGCACAAGCUGGAGUGGUUGAUCCUAGAAAACAACAUUAUCCAUCAAAUAUCCCCCAUGACCUUCUCAGGACUCAACUCCCUUGUUUUACUGGUUAUGUUGAACAACUCUCUGACAAAGCUGGAUGACGUCUGUCGGGAAAUGCCGAGAUUGAACUGGCUAGAUUUGGAGGGCAAUCUCAUUGAGACGAUUGGAAACGUCUCGUUCUGCUCAUGCAAUAUGUUGACAGUCCUGGUUUUACAGCGGAACAGGAUCGGACACAUACACGAACAAGCUCUGUCAGUCCUCCAGAAGCUCGGAGAACUGGAUCUCUCCAACAACAGACUGGUGAAGAUUCCGCCCAAUCUCUUUGUCUUACUGGGGGAUUUGCUUCAACUGAAUAUAUCAUACAAUCCCAUCCUGGAGCUCCAAGUUGACCACUUUGACGACUUGCACAAACUGAAGUCUUUGAGCAUAGAGGGGAUAGAAAUUGGAAACAUACAACGCCGGAUGUUUGAACCUCUCAAAUACUUGACUCAUAUCUACUUCAAGAAGUUCCAGUACUGCGGCUAUGCUCCUCACGUGCGCAGCUGCAAGCCGAACACCGACGGCAUCUCGUCCUUCGAGGAUCUGCUGGCCAACAUCGUGCUGAGGGUCUUCGUCUGGGUGGUGUCGGCCACCACCUGCUUCGGCAACAUCUUCGUCAUCUGCAUGCGCUCGUACAUUCGCUCCGAGAACAAACUGCACGCCAUGUGCAUCAUCUCCCUCUGCUGUGCAGACGGGCUGAUGGGCGUCUACCUCUUCAUGAUCGGCGCUUAUGACCUGAAGUUUCGAGGCGAGUACAACCGGCACGCUCAGGCCUGGAUGGACAGCGGUCAGUGUCAGGUCAUCGGCUCCUUGGCCAUGCUGUCCACCGAGGUGUCCGUGCUGCUCCUCACUUACCUCACCCUGGAGAAAUACAUCUGCAUCGUCUACCCUUUCCAGUACUUGACGCCCGGCUGGCGACGAACUGUCACCAUCCUCCUCGGGAUUUGGGUGUUUGGCUUUAUCGUUGCUUUCCUGCCUCUGGCCUGCAAGGGGCUGUUCCGCAACUUCUACGGGACAAAUGGGGUUUGCUUCCCGCUGCACUCGGAGCAGCCGGAGACGCUUUGGGCUCACGUUUACUCCAUUGUGAUUUUCCUAGGUCUGAACCUGGUGGCGUUCCUUAUCAUCGUCCUCGCCUAUGCAAGCAUGUUCUAUAACAUCCAGAGAACAGGCACUCAGACCACCAUGUACAGCAACCACAUCAAGAAAGAGGUGACCAUCGCCAAGAGGUUCUUCUCCAUCGUCGUGACUGACUCUCUGUGCUGGAUCCCCAUUUUCAUCCUCAAGAUCCUGUCACUGCUGCAGGUGGAGAUUCCCGGCACCAUCAGCUCAUGGGUGGUCAUAUUCAUCCUCCCCAUCAACAGUGCCCUUAACCCCAUCCUGUACACACUGACCACGCGGCCCUUCAAAGAGACCAUUAUGCAAGUGUGGGCUAACUACAGGCAGAGGAGGCCGCUGCUCAGCGGCCACCCCGCUCAUCAUCCGUCGCUCACCUGGCAGGAAACGUGGGCGCUGCAGGAGAACAGCCACGGCCUCACCCCGGGCCACGCUCUGGAAAUGACAAACACGAUAGCCAAGCUCACCCCCGUGGAAGAACCCGAUGAGGGAUUCAAUGUCAUUGCGGCGUGCACGCAGCAGAAGCAGUGUACGGUCGUGUCGGUGUGCUCACAGAAACAAACCACGCUGCACACGCUCACUCACGCACAAACAAAUGAACUCAUCUAGUUGUGUCUCACUGCAGGUAAACGUGAUCCAGCUUCCUCCGUCUCCACAGUUACAAGCAUUUAACCUGUUCAAAGAUACACUUGUUGAUUUCUUCAUCAGUAUUCAUGAGUGUUUUCUGGAGAUCCUGGUUUGUGCCUGUCUCACCGGAGCACCAGCAGAAGCGUGAAGUCAGUCUGCAAAUCCGUUAUACGUAGGGUUGGGUUCUGAAAUCCGCUAAUAAGUGGCUCCUGGGGCUAAUGUAUUGUGGAGGUCAAUUGACCUGGGGGAUGACAGCAUGGCACUGGUGGUAUCAAGACGGAUUAACACAUUUUUGGGGUUUUUUGACAAUGUCGCCAGCCAAAUCAAUUUCUGUUAUAAAAUAAAUCCCUUAAUAACAAAAACAGGAUUUUCUUGCCUAGAGAUAAAUACUGUUAAAGUAUCUCUCAGACACAGAUGACUCUGCCCACUGAACCCCAGUUAGUUUCAUUUCCCAGCCACACAAGGCUCUGUUUUUAAUUAUUUAGUAUGUCCUCUUAAUUAAAUCUACACAUUUUAAUUCAGUUAGUAGAGCAGAGGCAGCUACUUAAGGCUUAAGAUAGCAGAGGUUCAGAUCCCAUCUAUGAAUUAACUACAUUUGCACUCUCUGCAGUCAUUAGGUAUAACAGCUGCAUUUCUUACUUUUAGUUAUUAUGGCAUUAGCACGGUAGAUCGACCACUUGGUCUUAAACAUUUUGAGCGAACAUUUUUUUUAUAAUUUUUGUAAUUAUACAAUAUAACGUCCACUGGAAGUCAUGAAUUUGUCCUGAUUCCUGAAAAGAUCAAGUAGAUAAGUCAACCUGAUCGAACACACUCGAGCCUGAAUAUCAUUUCAAGUUUUUUCCACAGUACCUAGAACCACAUAGAUCCAUGGACUGUUGGGACUGGUCUACCAACAACUGAACUACAUUCUUUGUAAAGUUACUUAAAACACUUAAUCUUCCUUUAAACUGGUUUUAUUGUUGUAGUUUUUUUACUGCAGUCAAAAUAUAACGUUUGGUGUAAUAUAAUUUUAUAUUGACAUGUUUGAUACAUUUCUUCCUGUAUUGAUCAGCAUCACUCCUGACAAUGAUGCACCAGCUUAAACUCUGGUAUCAUAUUAUCUGUAGCUGUAAAUCAGCCUAUGCUGCCAUGGCAGGUGACGGUUCAUUUUAAUAUGGGAACUGUUAAAACACAUGCAAAUUAUCUGAUGGGAAUCACUCUGCAAAACAUCACACCCACAUUUAUCACCAAAGAUGCUCCUACAUGUUUGUAAAAGUCACUGUAAGUAGUAAAAGAAAUAGGAAUUGGAAGGAAGGCUUAAUAAAAUGAGGAUAAUGGUGUUCAGAUUGGAUCUGAAUUCCAUCAAACAAAAUGGUCAGAAGUGCAGCAAUUUCAUUAUCAACCUCUGAUUGAAGACGUCCUGUGGGGACAUUGCAUGACCAGAACAUAUGUUACAUGUGCAGCUGAAGUCAUUGAACCCUCUGAGUUAAUGCAAACCUGUACAUUGUGAAAAGAAUAUGAUUAACUUCAAGGUUUAAUACUCUUUUUUUUUUUUCUUUUUUGUAAAUUGAGCCUGUGGGGAGUUCUUCUGAUGGAUGAGCUGAUCCAUUAUAUAACAUAAUUCAUUUCAUGCUGUAUGUUGCUCCUUUGCUCUCAUCUUGCCAACAGCACUGUACAAAGAACCUACUUGCGGCAAAGAUAUGUUUGACUUUGUGUAAAUCCUUUUAAUCUUCUCAUGCAGUCUGCAAGGGAAACAACAAAUAUUAACAUUAUUUAUUCUGUAUUUUUGUCUUUAGUCCAUUGUGUUGCCUCUGUCACCAAUAUUUAUUUUUGGGAAAUAUUGAAUGUAAUAUAUAAGAUGGGUUUGGUAAAGAUUGUACUGUAUUUAAAAUGGACGGGUAUGAAUUGGUGAAAGUUAAAAGUGAGUUGCAGCUAAACAGGCAGCAAUUUUAAAUUGUCUUUUAUAAAAUCCUGUGCAGACUCUCCCCAGCUGGUCUGGGGGUCAGAACAUUUGACCUCACCCUCAACCACACAACACAUUCUUAACACUGUGAUCUGUACAGUAAAGACAUUUGUACAAUGGUCAUUAUGCAUGCAUCUGUGCAUACUUGGUUCUGUGAAGGACUUUUUUCUGUCCACGUUGAAUGUGUGAAUAAUUUGCAAACAACACAAGAGAACAAAUUAGAGACUAAGGUGAUGGUUUGCGAGUACAUUGUGCUUUGUGUGACCGUUUGUGUUUGCAUCACAUUACCAUUCAUGCUGAAAAGAAUUCUAUUGAAUAUUGAUGGGAACGUAUGUUUUAAACUUGUGUUAUUGGUUCCUUUGUUGUAUUGACCUG